AUGUUUUAUGGUACCAUAGCUGGUAUAACUUUUUUAAUUAGUGCUUUUACAAUAUUAGCACAAUUAAUUUUAUUGCCAAUAUUUUUCAAGCGUACUGACAUUAUGCGAAAUGAUAUUGAGGAACGUAUGAAAUUAUUUAAGAUAUUAGCUGAUAUAGGUGAUAUCAAUCUUGCUCAAAAACGUCAAGAAUUGUUACGCAGGAAAAAAUCAAUAAAUACCUGUCCACCACCAGAACCUGGACCACCAGGACCACCAGGAGAUCCAGGUGAGGAUGGUGAACAAGGUGAUGAUGGACCUAUUGGUUUACCAGGAAAAAGUACAUUUGAAUUAUUAGAAGAAAUACAACAACAAUGCAUCAUUUGUCCACAAGGUGAACGUGGACCACCCGGAGCACCUGGUAACCAAGGAAUACAAGGUCCUAAAGGUGAUCGAGGUGUACCUGGAAUUCCUGGACUAGAUGGCCAAGAUGGUGAAAUUGGCCUAGAAGGAGCACAAGGAUACAAUGGUACAAGUGGGACGAGAGGACCAAAAGGACCAGAUGGUAAGCCUGCUACAGGUGGUAUUGGAGAACCAGGCCCAAAAGGAUUACCUGGCUCAAUUGGUAGAACUGGACCACAAGGUCCUCGAGGUAAAAGAAAUUAUGUGUAUGGACCACCAGGACCGGACGGUAAAAAAGGUGUUAAAGGAAUGGAUGGUCUUCCUGGUAAUUUUGGUCCAAGAGGUAAUCGAGGACCAAUUGGUGAACCUGGUGCUAAUGCAAUCUUCUGUCCAUGUCCAUUAGAAAUGGAAUUACUUGAUGUAAAACAAACGAGUAAACAACAACAAGAAGAAGAAGAACAACAACAACAACAAUUGACAAAAAUAAAAAGGAAGAAAAAAGGAAAAAAUGAAAAAAAACCUAAAAAUUCAACUCAAAUUUCAGUACUAAUUAAUAAUCAUCCCUUACUGUCAACCAUUCAUGAUACUGAUCACAAGAAUAUGCGAAAAACUCUGAGUGGAAUUUCAAAUGUUAAAUCAAAAUUCAAUAAACCAACAAAUAUUCCACAUGAAAGUAUACCACAACAAUUUCUUCACCUUUCACCAUUAUCAGCAGUAAUUGAAUACGAUGAAAUACCAAAUGAUAAAGAAGAUAUAGAUUCAAUGAAUGAAAAGACUGGAAGUUCAAGUUCAACUAAUACAAGUGAUAACGAUGAUGCUGAUAAUGAUGAUAAGCUAUUGUUGGAUAAUGCAAACAGUGAACUAGAAGAUAUAAUAAUUGUAGAUAAUGAUCAUAAUUCAGAUGGAACAAAAAUUCAAAUUAAUUCAUUGCCAUCACCAUCAUCAUCAUCAUCAUCAUCAUCAUCAUCAUCAUCUUCAUCAUCAUCAUCAUCAUUAAAAUAUCAUCAUCAAUUAACAUCAAAAAUUCAGCCAGUUAAUAAUAAUCAAGAAAAUGAGGAUGAAAUAAACGAUUUAAUACAUAAAGAUGAAAUUUAUCCUAAAAUAGAGCAACAACAAAUUCCUGAAAUUAACGAAAAUAAUAUCAAUCAAAUGCAACAUCUUAGUAAUAUUGCAAAUUAUCUUACACAAAAUCGUCGUAUUGCAAUUGGUGAUACUAAAGAUAGUAAAAAAGAUGAAGAAAGCAAAAUUAGCAUAAUCGAAAAUGAAGGAAUAAAAUUAAAGGUAGCAACAAUAACUACUACAACUAUUACUACCACGUCAAAACCAUUAAUAACCGGAUAUCCGGAUGAAACAACCGGUUCAACUCGUUCACGUUUCAUCUAUGUAACUAAACGUCCGAAAUCACUUUAA